AUGGAAGUCUUGACAGCCAGAAAUCCAACGAAUAAUCCCGCUAUUGAAACGCUCAAAUAUCUCUGUCUCCGCAAUCGUGGCGUUUUGAAGCUGACGCAGAUCAAAAGAGGGCUCGAUGGUGAUAAUCACUCAAACAAAUAUGAGCUUUUUAAGGAUGCCCUUGAUGACCUGAUCUCAGCUUUGUCUCAUGGAAAAGGCGAUUUGAAACUUAUAGAGCUCCUGAUCCAAAUUUUCGAACGUUUGAACACCAAGAAGCUGAGCCGAUUUGCAUACGAAUACGAUUUGCUAAAGUCCGAACACGCUGCCCAGACACAGCCGCAUGCCGGAACUGCAUUCACUGAAGAAGAUGAUAUUCAGUACGAUCUGAAGCGUCUUGACCAGUUGCUACCCAAUCAACUCAGCCUUUUGCGCGGUUACAAGGAUUUUCUCAAGGAAUUGGGCGUUGAGUCCGCUUCCUCAAAGUUGCUAGUGGAUAUUGAAAACAGAACCACCCCCCGCAAAGAGGUUUCGAUGGACGCAUUUCCGUCUGCCGAACUAUUCAAGACCUUCAAUAAAGAGGAGCCAAAUUGGCAUUCUGUCAUCUUGACCUGCUGCGAUAGUUCGGUGGCAUUAGAUGAGCUUUUGAGGAAACUUAACGAGCUCUUGCCCAAAAAAGGACGAUCAAAAAUUUAUGACAGCUACAUUCUUACUGACCGUCCCAUUGAGGGAGUCAAUUUCGAGCUAGUGGAGACGGGAGACAAUCCAGAAGAAUCAGAGCCUAGAGCAGAGCAAGAAACAGAAGACAAUGAUGUCAUAGUUGCUCCUGAGGAUGAAGAUUCAGGGUCACCCUCCAGGCUAAGUUUUCCUCCUGGUGAGGAUUCCCAACACUACAAGGAGGACACUAAAGAAUCACCGCCCAAAGUGGCAGCCCCUAAUACUACUCCUACCGUUACGAAACGACAAACACGAGCUAAUAGGGAAGCUGAAGCGAAUGAACUCAGCAGUGAAGCUUUUGAGUCACAGUUCUUGUUCCUGGAACAGACUUUACCACAGUACUUGAUGUACUGCGGUGUCAUUGUGGAUGGAUCGGGCAAGUUGACAGAAUUAUUUCUUCCCAAUUCUCAGUUACGAAGUGGGCACCAAGAGCAUGACGACCUAGCUCAUGUAUUCAAUCAGUGGAACAAAGAGGACACGGAAACACUUUUCGUAAAGCUUGAAGAUGGACAUAGCAAUGAAGAGAGCAAAGAAGCUUCGGUGAAAGAAGUCCUUAGCUCGUUGAGUAAAGAAACACUAGAAGAAAGAAGGUCAUUUCACGAUUUAGACGAUGGCGGGCUGAAAAUGGUGAUAUCGUCUAUCAGCGGGACUCGCUUGCAGUUCAAUCAGAUCCGAUUAUCAAUACUAGAUUAUUUGUUCUCAGUCAGGGAGUCGGGGGGCACGCUGGUUACGGACGGAUUCAUGAGCGCAGAUUCUUUGAAACAGCUGCGUCUGUUCACUGAUGCCGUUAGUUUGUAUGUUUAUCGACAAUUGAGCGACAAUCUUUUGGAAAAUGGACCGGUGGAUAUUAGAAGUCUGUCGUUCGGUGUUUCAGUUCUUGAAAUCCUAGUGGAUUACUUCAUUUCCUUGAAAGUGGAUCAAAAACUCAAGAAAUUCGGAACUAAAGCGCUAUAUAACGAGAUUGUCCAGACAGAACAGAUCACAUCACGCAGGAUUGAGCGCUGGAUUUCAAUUUUGAGUGACCAUUUUGAGGACAUAAGUUUGAAUACUUUAUACUCACAGCUAUGGCUCAGAACAAAAUGGAGUCAAAUGUGCUAUUUGCAACAGCUUUCUACUUUUGACUCGGAGGUGCUUUCCACGAUCUUGACCACCAUGGCCAACAUUUCAAAAUCCGUACACGUUGACGUUCUGAUGGUCAAUUUUCCCAACAUUCCACGAUUGAAUAGGGCAAAUAUAGAAGUCCAGCUCUCAAAAAUGAAAAUAUUCAAGACCUUUACUGAGAGUGAUGCUUCCAAUGAGAUUCUUGAGCGAAUUUUAGUUGAUGAUGAUGAACAAAAGUCUAGAUAUAAUAAGGAAGAAAAAGAAAUGGAUGACUUUAUCAACAGAUCGCCCUUUGAGCUGAAGAUGCGUUUAUGGACUAUGCUAUUUAGAUUUUACCGUGAAGCAGAGCUAACGGAUAAAUUUCUACGAGGCUUUGAACGAGUGUUACAGAUAAUGAUGAUGGAAAUUGAGGGGGAUAACUUUGCCGAAAAGACAUUCUUCCAACGCAAGCAACUGUUGCUCAAAAUACUCGGAUUUUUCGAUUUAUUUGCCAAAGAUCUUGUCAACAUCGGAGUCCAGAAACGAUGGGAUUUACAGCUGUCCAACACAAAGAACACUCUUCUUAUAUUAGCGAAAUUCUCAAAGCUUUCUUAUAUCUUUCUGCUCCAUGAGGAUAGUGCUGAAAUUUCAAAUACUCGGACUUCGAUCAGAACAAAAUCCAGAAUUGCUUACAAGAAGCUAGCGGAUAUUGCUGUUGUCAGCUUUACGCUCCUUGGCCUUUACUAUUCUAGCAGUUUGAUAGACCGAAAACCAGAGUAUCUCAAUGACUUCUACGCCAUUUUGCACGAACAACUCGGGCUUCGGCAUAUAUGCAAUGGAUACAAUAGCGCGUUUUUGGAUUUCGUUGAGAAAAGGCUUGUGGAUUUGGAUUGGGAGCAAUCUGAUAACGAUUUCUUCCAGACCUUGAAAUGUCACUAUGGGAUCAAUAUAUCAACCGAUAGUUUUAGUACUUUUGAUCACGGAGCCGAGCCAGGCACAAUGGGAAAGGUCAAUGCAAUCACAGUGAACAAAUAUAUGAUGAAAUACUGUUUUAAGCGCAGGCAUCCAAUUUUUAAUGUUCCCAAGGCAGAUAUCAAGAGCGUUCUGGACAUGAUUUAUGAUGUCUUAGGAGAUCCUGAGCCGGACAACUACUCUGUUUCAAAUAAUAUGGAAGCUCUAACUGAGUAUCUAGAGACCAGAUCUUUAGAUACGCGUCUCAUGAGGCUGUCUUUUUAUGGCUUGUUGUCGAUUCCUCUCGAGGAACCAUGGGCUGAAAAUGAAACAAAUACUUUAGCAGAUGGAGUUUACUUCAUGCAAGGUUUACUUGCCUUAACCUUGUUCAAAAUCCGCAAAAGGACCAUGCAAGGACGCUCGGCUGAGCUUGACUUCGUUAUUAAAAUGUUUGAAUAUGACAUUGCAUCUGGUUCAUACAGAUUUGAGUCCUGGCUUCUCUUGGCACAAGCCUAUUCUUAUUUAGUGGAAGAUGAUAUCAUAUGGACUUCUGACAAACUCAACAACGUGGACAAGAAACGCAACACUGCCAUAUUGCAACGCAAGUCAUUACUCUGCUACUUCAUGUCAAUCAGCUUGUUCACCAGACUGAGCACGGAAAGGCAAGAAGGACUCACUCCGGUUGCCACAAUGCUAUGGACUUCCCUGGGGAAAGAACUUUACAAUGCAAUGAUGAGUCCUAUGGAAAGGCUGGCGCUGGAGGUUGAUUCUACUACUGAAGCAAACUGUGUUGAGACUUCAAGCACGUUGUCAAAUAUUUUUCACCUUCCACUCAAUAUUACCAUGUACAGAGUCCUGGAGAUCUGCUUUCAUCACGCAUGUCAUUUGAACCCGAAAGAUUGGUACACCCAUUUUUAUCUCGCCAAGUCACAAUCUAAACUUAGAGGAAAGAAUCGUUACAAAACUGUCUUCAAAAAUCUGCUCACAGCGUGCGAUCUUGCUCUGAAGGCAAGCGACCGUGAUGAUCAUAUUGUUGAGCCUCAUUAUUUCCUAUGCUCUUUGACCUAUAAGUCAGUAAUGCGUGGGGACGUAUCUCUUGAGGAAGGAUUAGACAUCUUGAAAAGUGAUCCACUGUUCCAGGAGUGCUCAUGUGAGUCAUCAAAUUUAGACCAGUUUGGCAAAAUGAUUAUAGGUCUUCUCCAAAAGUGCAUCAUCUACGAUAAGAAAAACUGGCAGCAUAGGCCCAAGUAUCGCAUCGCCAAAAUUUACAUUGACCAGUAUAAAGAUCUAGAGGCCGCAAAGAAUGAAAUGCUUUCCAUCAUCAACCUCAAAUCUACAGUGCGGAAUCUCAGCAAUAUAUGGAAACCGGAGAAUGAGCGCCCUGGAAAGCAUUUUGUUUACAACUAUAAUUACAUUGUCUUUUUUGUUGAGCUUUUGGAUCGCUCAAAAGACGUUCACUCUUUAUUCCAGCUUAUCAAGAAGCUGAGGAAAUUGGGCUCAAGCAUGGUUGACCAGAUCAAAGUCUUUGAUCUUGCAGUUGCGAAAACUUGCGCUAUGAUAAAAGAAAUUGUGAAGGUUGAGCCGGGAUUCUUGGACGAUGUAUUGUCAAAGCUUGUAUUCUCUGAUUUUGUGGCAAGAAGCAAGGAAUUUGUCAAAAUGAUGAAAGAAAAAGAAAGCUUCACAGACGAAGAAAAGCUGAUUCUGUACUUCUUGUUUGAAGUUGGAGAGUUCAGACGCAUGGCCAAUGGAUUUGCUGCAACAGGUGUGAUAGACGAGUGUUUCCAUACGUUAUUUCUGAUGCUGUUCACUCGUUAUGAGGAUUGGGCUAACAAGGAGGUUGUUCCCGAAUAUGAAAAAUCCUCUCAGGUUGAAUUUGUGGGAGGUAAAGGCAAGUCUGGGCAGCCAUCAACUCCAACUCGUGAAAAAGUCAAGGUUGCGAGAAGAGACAUCACACCUUUUUGUAUUCAGACAAUCAGUGCUGUGAGUAAGCUACUCGACUCAAUUAAGCGAGAACAUGGCGAAGGAACUUUUCUUAAAUAUACAAUAGACGAGAAGAAGAGUCCAGAAAGGAAAAUUAUUAUGAGCGCCCCUGAUGGUGAUGGAGAUGAAGAGACCCCCAAGACUCCCACAAUAAGCUGCAAAGAAUUGAAGUUAGAGCCAGCGAUCGAAUUCAGCAUUAAGCGAGCAUCAGAUGAUGAAGAUUCGUCUCAGGAAGCCAAAAAGCGAAAACCCGACGAGGAGACUUCCACGAACAAGUUAGAGUUAUAG